CAGAUCAUCAUCAGCCGGCGCCUGUUCACAUGACCCCGCAAGCUCUCAUGUGAUGCGAUGCAAGGGGAAAGGCUCGGCCCUGCUCUGCAUUGAUGGCUGCUUGGGAUUCUUCUUCACUUAUGCCUGCGUUUCCGCAUUUCUUUUUCUACUAGCUUGCCGUCCUCGAAAUGCCCGACGCCUUUUCUUGUUGCUGCAAGAGCUGCCCUGACAAGCGCAUUUUUGUCCGGGAUCAUCAAGCUUGCUUUCCUCUUGAAUGAGAAGAGUCUUCUUGAGAGCAAAGAGGGAAGGGAAAGAGGGACCGUGUCCUUCCCUGCAGCUUUCAACCGUGCGCCCGGUUGUAAGGGAGCCAGCUAGGACAGAGCAGAACAAACCUGAUAAGAUGGUAUCUGCAGGAGGCCCUCGCCUGCAGAGCACAGUGAUCAACUGGAUAUAUAAGGGAUAUGUUAAUGGAGCUCUCAACAUUGCAUCUUUCUUCGGAUAACUUAAAAGAGUGAAAGUACAAACUUGGAUUGAAAAUAUACUGUUGGAAAGAUCAUACUCUUCUUCAUCAUGGUGGACUUCCUAGCAGAAAAUAAUAUCUGCGGACAGGCAAUUCUUAGGAUUGUCUCUUGUGGGAAUGCUAUCAUUGCUGAACUUUUGAGACUCUCGGAGUUCAUUCCUGGUGUUUUCCGACUCAAAGACAAGGCUGAUCAGCAGAAAUAUGGUGAUAUUAUAUUUGAUUUCAGCUAUUUCAAGGGUCCUGAGGUAUGUGAAGGAAAGCUGGAAGCUAAACCUGACCUACAGGAUUUAGAUGACGAAUUUCGUGAAAACAACAUAGAAAUCUUGACAAGAUUCUAUCUGGCUUUCCAAAGUGUUCAUAAAUAUAUUGUUGAUUUAAACAGAUAUCUAGAAGACCUCAAUGAAGGGAUUUACAUCCAGCAAACCUUAGAAACAGUGCUGCUUAAUGAAGAUGGCAAACAGCUGCUGUGUGAAGCCCUCUAUUUAUAUGGUGUCAUGUUGCUGAUCAUCGAUCAGAAAAUUGAAGGGGAGGUGCGUGAGAGAAUGCUCGUUUCCUACUAUAGAUACAGCGCUGCCCGUUCUGCCGACUCCAAUAUGGAUGACAUAUGUAAGCUGCUUCGGAGCACGGGGUACUCAAGCCAAGCUGGAGCAAAAAGGCCUCCAAACUACCCUGAGAGUUACUUCAGCAGGGUACCCAUAAAUGAAACCUUCAUCAGCAUGGUCAUUGGCCGGCUGAGGUCAGAUGACAUAUAUAACCAGGUUUCUGCAUAUCCAUUACCAGAGCACCGCAGCACUGCCCUUGCUACUCAGGCGGCCAUGUUGUAUGUGACACUUUAUUUCGAUGCGUCCAUUCUCCACUCGCAGCAAGCAAAAAUGAGAGAGAUUGUGGAUAAAUAUUUUCCAGACAACUGGGUAAUUAGCAUUUAUAUGGGAAUCUCCGUGAAUCUGGCAGAAGUCUGGGAAUCUUACAAAGCUGCAAAAACUGCUCUGAACUACACUUUGGAUCUUUCCAAUAUCAAGGAACAGGCCAGUAGAUACGCCGCUGUGAUGGAGCGUGUCCACACCCAGGUGCAGCAGUUUCUUAAGGAAGGCUGUUUGAGAGAGGAGCUGGUGCUGGACAACAUUCCCAAACUACUAAACUGCUUAAGAGACUGUAAUGUGGCAAUCCGGUGGUUGAUGCUUCAUACUGCAGACUCAGCUUGCGAUCCAAAUAACAAGCGCCUCCGCCAGAUAAAGGACCAAGUUCUAACAGAUUCCAAGUACAAACCCAAGAUCCUUUUCCAACUUCUUCUGGAUACAGCACAGUUUGAAUUCAUCUUGAAAGAGAUGUUCAAGCAGAUGCUGUCAGAAAAGCAAGCAAAAUGGGAAAGUUACAAAAAAGAAGGGUCAGAAAGGAUGGCUGAGCUGGCAGAUGUCUUUUCGGGUGUUAAACCUCUAACAAGAGUGGAGAAAAAUGAAAAUCUGCAAGCCUGGUUCAGGGAAAUCUCCAAACAAAUAAUGUCUCUGAAUUAUGACGACUCCACUGCAGCAGGCAGAAAAACUGUGCAAUUAAUACAAGCUUUGGAAGAGGUUCAAGAAUUUCACCAACUGGAGUCCAACCUGCAAGUUUGUCAGUUUCUUGCUGACUCUCGUAAGUUUCUCCAUCAAAUGAUCCGCACCAUCAACAUUAAGGAAGAGGUUUUGAUCACCAUGCAGAUAGUUGGCGAUCUCUCAUAUGCCUGGCAGCUGAUUGACAGUUUCACAUCUAUCAUGCAGGAAAGUAUAAGGGCAACCCCAUCUAUGGUAACCAAACUCAGAGCCACAUUUUUAAAGCUGGCUUCAGCUCUUGAUAUGCCACUGCUUCGUAUCAACCAAGCAAACAGCCCUGACCUUCUCAGUGUAUCGCAGUAUUAUUCUGGUGAACUGGUUUUCUAUGUGAGAAAGGUUUUGCAGAUCAUUCCUGAAAGCAUGUUUACAUCCCUCCUUAAGAUUAUAAAGCUGCAGACUCAUGAUAUCAUUGAAGUGCCUACCCGCCUGGACAAAGACAAGCUGCGGGAUUACGCCCACCUUGGACCGCGAUAUGAGGUUGCUAAGCUUACGCAUGCCAUCUCAAUCUUCACGGAAGGCAUCCUAAUGAUGAAAACAACAUUGGUCGGGAUCAUCAAGGUGGAUCCAAAACAGCUGCUAGAAGAUGGAAUAAGGAAAGAGCUGGUGAAACGUGUGGCCCUAGCGCUACACAGAGGGCUCACCUUCAACCCCAGAGCCAAGCCCAGUGAACUCAUGCCCAAGCUGAAAGACAUGGCAGCUACCAUGGAUGGGUUCCACCGUUCUUUUGAGUAUAUCCAGGAUUAUGUCAACAUUUACGGCUUAAAGAUCUGGCAGGAGGAAGUGUCACGAAUUAUUAAUUACAAUGUGGAACAAGAGUGCAAUAACUUCUUGAGGACAAAGAUUCAAGACUGGCAAAGCAUGUAUCAGUCCACUCAUAUCCCAAUACCCAAAUUUGCACCCAUGGAUGAAUCUGUUACAUUUAUUGGUCGUCUCUGCCGAGAGAUUUUGAGGAUCACAGACCCAAAAGUUGCAUGCUACACUGAUCAACUGAACACCUGGUAUGACAUGAGAACUCGUCAGGAAGUGACCAACAGUCGCCUGUUUUCUGAAAUCCAGGACACUUUGGGCACCUUUGGCCUGAAUGGUCUAGACAGACUUCUUUGCUUCAUGAUUGUGAAAGAACUGCAGAAUUUCCUCAGCAUGUUUCAGAAAAUGGUGCUACGUGAUAAAGGAGUACACGAUGCCUUGAAAUCUCUCACAAACACUGUGAAUCCUUUGAAAGGAAUUGUGGCCAAUUGUGGCAAAGUAUAUUCCACAGCAGUUGCCAAAACUCAGAAGAUAUGGGCUGCUUAUCUUGAGGCAAUUAUGAAGGUUGGCCAGAUGCAGAUUCUAAGACGGCAGAUAGCCAAUGAACUUAAUUAUUCCUGCAGAUUUGACUCCAAGCAUUUAGCCGCUGCAUUGGAGAACCUUAACAAAGCAAUCCUUGCUGACAUAGAAGCCCAUUACCAGGAUCCAUCACUGCCUUACCCUAAAGAAGACAACACUCUUCUGUAUGAAAUCACAGCAUAUCUGGAGGCAGCUGGCAUUCACACACCACUAAAUAAGAUCUACAUAACUACAAAACGACUGCCGUAUUUCCCCAUUGUGAAUUUUCUAUUUCUGAUUUCCCAGUUGCCGAAACUUCAGUACAACAAAAACUUAGGGAUGAUAUGCAGAAAGCCAGCAGAUCCGAUUGACUGCCCACCUCUGGUGCUCGGGUUGCUCACUCUGCUGAAACAGUUUCACUCGCGGUACACUGAGCAGUUUCUGGCCCUGAUUGGCCAGUUUGUUCGGUCAACGAUGGAGCAGUGUACAAGCCAGAAGGUCCCAGAAAUGCCAGCAGAUGUAGUGGGUGCCUUGCUCUUCUUGGAAGAUUAUGUCCGCUAUACAAAGCUACCGCGAAGGGUUGUUGAAGCCCAUGUGCCUAGUUUCAUUUUUGAUGAGUUCCGAACAGUUAUGUGAACUCCAAGAGAAAUACAAUGGCCCUAGCUGGAAAUACUAAACGAGAAGAGGAAAUGGGCAAAGGAAAAUAGCACUUCAGAACUGGCUUUAAUUUUUGACUUGCGGAAAUGUAUUUAUAGCUGCACUAAUUUACUUUAAUAGAUUGAUACUAAACCAGACUUCCCUAAACUGUUUUCCUCCAGCUGCAACUCCCUUCAGCCCCAUCCAGCAUGGCUGAUGCGAAUUGUAGUCCAAAAGAGCUAGAGAUGGCCAGAUUGGGGAAGGCUGCACUAAGCCAUGUUAAGUAAGCCUGUUUAAAAAUCAUGCCAUAAUGCUCAGCUGAUUAUUUUACACACACAAUGUGUAUUUUGUACUUUAACCUGUAAUGUUGUGUGCACAAUUCCUGUAAGUACAAAAAUCAUUCAUUGUGUGUAGCAAUUAAAAGAAUGGUGUUGAA